AGUCGGCACUGUGUCUCGCGAGUGUAUCGAGAGAGAGAGAGAGAGAGAGAGAGAGAGAGAGAGAGAGAGAGAGGCGGGAGUAUCAAUACGGCGGUAACGUCGGCGGCGAUAGAUGAAAGCGUGUGAUGUGAGCCGUAGCGCGUCGCGCGUUGCCCCAGCGUAAGUCGCCGAGUACGUCGAGAGAGGAGAAGAGAGAGAGAGAGAGAGAGAGAAAGAGAGAGAGAGAGAGAGAGAGAUAAUGUCAUCGUGCGAGAAAAUUCAGCGAGAUCUUGCACGUCUGUAACAACAGCAGGACAGCGUCGCAGCUCCGACAGCUGCAGCAGCUUGGACGCGUCGCUCGACGUCGCAGAUAUGGAAGCAGACUAUCAGCCGACGAUGAGCCCGUCGCGGACGUUGAUAGGUAUGACCAACGACUGCGAAGACCCGUACCCUAGUUUGUCGGACUAUCACGAUUAUGAGCCAAAUCUGGAGUUUGAUGACACGGAGUUGCAAACCACUUCCAACAAUGCUGUGCAACUUCUGGAAGAGAAAUUAGAUUUGGCAUGUAGCGGCGCAGGCACAGGAAUAGAUUAUUUGGAAAGUCCAGUGAGCGACGGCACGAUCGAAGAGAACUUUGAGGAAGCUUUGGUAGAUGCUCCAGUUAUUGAAUCUGCAGAAGACCUCGCCGCUUUAGAUGGUGAACUCGCAGAUGAGGAAGACUAUCUCGAUAUAUCUAGGCAUGGGAUUGUGGAGGUGGUUGGCGAUGACAGUGCUGGUCGCAAAAUAAUAGUGGUGUCAGCCUGUAAAUUGCCUCCUGUUGGAAAAGAGACCUUCAAUCAUGCUAAGCUCCUUAGGUAUCUCACACAUACCUUAGACACAUUCGUGGAGCAAGAUUAUAGUCUCGUUUACUUUCAUUAUGGCCUUACGUCCAAAAACAAGCCACCUCUGUCUUGGUUGUGGCAAGCAUAUAAAGCAUUUGAUAGAAAAUAUAAAAAGAAUCUUAAAGCCCUAUAUCUAGUGCACCCAACUAAUUUUAUUAGGAUCGUGUGGCAAAUAUUUAAACCGGCUAUUAGUGUAAAAUUUGGACGGAAGAUGAUGUACGUUAAUUAUCUAGAGGAUUUGGCGCAAUAUAUUAAUUUAGAUCAACUUAUCAUACCUCCUCAGGUGAUAGAACACAACGAACAGUUACUGAUAAAGAAUAAGAAAAGUUUGUCGAGUCCGCCGCAAAGCACGGUGGCCACGCCAGUUGGUACGACUCAAUUCGGUGCUAGCCUGCAGUUUAUAAAGGAAAACAACAACGGUGAUUCGAUACCACCGAUACUGAGACAGUGUGUAGAAUUUCUCGACACUCCAGACGCUCUCGAAACUGAAGGAAUAUUUCGAAGAUCGGCUAAUCUAACGGUUAUUAAAGAACUCCAGAAUCGUUGUAAUCAAGGUUUACCUAUUGAUUUUCAAGGAGAUCCACAUAUUGCUGCGGUUCUCCUGAAAACUUUUCUUCGCGAAUUAGACGAGCCUCUUAUGACCUACGAAUUAUACGAUGAAAUCACACAAUUCCAAACAUUGUCGAAGGAUGAGCGUCCACGUAAAGUAAAGAUAUUAGUGUUGGAGAAACUUCCUGAAGAUAAUUAUCAAGUCCUUAAAUACAUCGUACAAUUUUUAUCAAGGGUGAUGGACCGAUGUGACUUGAACAAGAUGACUUCUAGUAAUCUUGCAGUCGUAUUUGGACCGAAUCUAGUUAGGGCACCGCCAGCUCGUGGGAUGUCUCUCUCUGCAAUAGGGCCCAUCAACCAAUUCAUAGAUUUUUUAUUCACUUAUCAGGAUAAGAUAUUCAUUAUUUAAAAAUAUGCCGUGUUGUAGAAACAACCGAGGGCCUAAUCUUUAAUUACCGAUCACGAUUAUUAUUACGAAUAUAAUGUUCGCACUUUCGUUUACCGGAGUAUUUUUAUAUCUGUCGAUGAGGAAAGAGAGAGAGAGAGAGAGAGAGAGAGAGAGAGAGAGAGAAACAAAAGAAAAAAUGCCCAAUGUUUGUUUACACGAUUUUGCACAAAAUUUUUUAAUACGACUAGAUAUAAUUUUCGUGGGUGAGAGGCAGAGGGAAAGAA